UUUCUCCACCAAUGGCAGCAAGCAAAGGAGGAAGGAUGCUGCCAGCAGGCGGUGUCAGCCCAGGGAUAGUUGGUGACAACCGGAGACAAGCACGAGGAGGGGAUGACAGUUGGUGACAGCGCAGAAGGGGCUGGGGCAUUAGUACAGCUCUUAACAACAAGAGUGCAGUGCUGCUCUUCCUGAGUCCUUCAGCGCCUGAGUCCCCCCUCUGAUGGAAUUUCAAGCCCCAAGUCCCUCUCCUCACCCCCCAUCUAUCUGAGCUCCUCUCCAGAACCGAAACUCCAGUUCUGCAGAGCUUGUGCCUCCAUGCGCUCCCUCUUCUGGUGGGGAAUCCCAGAGCCCAAGCCCCCAGAGCCACCGCCUUGGCCCAGGAGACCUGAGACAUGGCACCCAAGAAGGCCAAGAGGAGGGCAGCAGCAGAAGGCGGCAGCUCCAACGUCUUCUCCAUGUUUGAUCAGACUCAGAUCCAGGAGUUCAAGGAGGCCUUCACAGUAAUUGAUCAGAACCGCGAUGGCAUCAUUGACAAGGAGGACCUUCGGGACACCUUCGCAGCCAUGGGCCGCCUGAAUGUGAAGAACGAGGAGCUGGACGCCAUGAUGAAGGAAGCCAGUGGUCCCAUCAACUUCACCGUCUUCCUGACCAUGUUCGGGGAGAAGCUUAAGGGUGCCGACCCCGAGGACGUGAUCACUGGUGCCUUCAAGGUCCUGGACCCCGAGGGGAAAGGCACCAUCAAGAAGCAGUUCCUGGAAGAACUGCUGACCACUCAGUGCGACCGCUUCACCCCCGAGGAGAUCAAGAACAUGUGGGCAGCCUUCCCCCCGGAUGUGGGCGGCAACGUGGACUACAAGAACAUCUGCUACGUCAUCACGCACGGUGACGCCAAGGACCAGGAGUAGAGGAACCUCUCCGGCCUCUGGUGGCCAACGCCUCCAGCUUGCACCCCCGACUCCCAAUAAAAUUCAACUGGUCUUAUUUCUUAUU